AUGGUUUGGCUUCCGCCUCCCCACCUCGGCUCAGCCUCCCGCCCAUCCUAUGGCGAAGCCUAUGCCAAGAUCCUCGCCGCCCACCGCCGCUCCCCAAGGACUGCUGCAUCCUCAGUAAUCAUACUGGUCGCCCCGGACGUUGACGCGCUAUGCGCCUCCAAGAUGCUGGCCGACCUCUUCAAGCAGGACGACGUCAUGCACAAACUCAUCCCCGUCUCGGGCCACGCUGAGCUCGAGCGCAUACGGGACGAGCUCACAACAUACGCAGACCUACAUACACUCAUCAUGUUCAACAUGGGUGCCAUCCUCGACCUCCCGUCCGAAGAGUGGUUCGGCGACUUCCCGACCAGCCUCACGGUGCACAUCAUCGACUCUUCACGGCCACAGAACUUGUCUAGUGUGUUUGGCGGCGGAGAAAACGGAGACCGGAUCGUCGUAUGGGACGAUGGUGGUGUGGAGGGUCUGCAGGACGAGCGCAAGGCAUGGGAAGUGCUAACGUACGCGCCCGAGGAGGACUCAGACGAGGAAGACUCUGACGAAGAUGAGGACGAAGAGGCGGAAGAGGACGGCGAGGACAACGAGGAUGGAGAUGAGUAUGAAGACGGCGAUGCCUCCCCCUCAAGAAAGCGGCGGUCAUUAGGCGAGGGAGGCAGGAAACAGGGAAAGCGGCGCAAAGUUGAUCAACCCAAUCGAAUAUCCCGAGAAGAGCGGGCACAGCACGAGAACAAGCUCAUCAAGUACUACAGGUCAGGUACAUGGCACGGACAGAGUGCAGCGGGGACGAUGUACAUUCUCGCCACAGUGCUAGAACGGGUGGAUAACGAUCUCCUAUGGCUAGCUAUCCUCGGCCUCACAUACCAAUACAUCACCUCUCGCAUAUCCCGCGAAGAGUACGACAAAUACCAAUCUAUAUACCACGACGAGGUCGCGCGCCUCAAUCCCGCCCCACCAAAUGCGCCCGGUGAAGAGUACAAGUCUCAGAACCCAGAUGACAACUCUGUAUACUCAUCCGACGAGCUCCGAUUUAUGAUGUUCCGACAUUGGACCCUCUAUGACGCGAUGUACCACUCGGGCUACGUCGCGACGAAACUCGGUAUCUGGAAGGAGCGCGGUCGGAAACGGCUAACAGGCCUACUCGCUAAGAUGGGGUUCUCAAUAACAGAGACGCAGCAACCAUACUCGCACAUGGCGAAAGACCUCCGACUCUCCCUACGCCAGAAGCUCGACCAGCUCGCGCCCGAGUACGGCCUCGUCGAGCUCUCCUACCCGUCCUUCAUGCGCUGUUACGGCUACCGCUCGCAGCCGCUCUCCGCGGGCGAUGCCGUCGAGGCGCUCUCCGCGCUGAUCGACGUCGCGGGCGGCACGCGCAUCGAGGUCGAGGUCGAGGGCACGCGGAAUGGCGGCGAGUGGUUUGGCGGCGGGAAGAUCUGGGACGGCGGGCGCGAGGGCCGCCACCGCGACGACGAGCGCGAGAACGUGCCCCCGGGCGUGCUCGCGAACGUCGUGAAGGCGCAGGGUGUCGACGGGAAGGACGACGGCGACAACGGCGAGCUGCAGUGGUGGGUGAAGAACUUCUGGUCCGCGUACGACGCGCUCAGCGACAUCGAACGACUACGCGAGGCGAUCUCGCUCUCAAUGGCGCUGCACCGCGCAAUCAUGCGCCAGGGCUCGUCCGUGAUCGACAAGCAGGACAUCAAGACGCUGCGCGGGCACCGCGUCGUCGUGCUCACGCAGGGCCCAGACCUGCCGCUGUUCGCGCACCCGGGCAUCCUCGCGCGCCUCGCGCUGUGGCUGCUCGACGCGCUGCGCGACCGCGUCGCGCCCACUGCGCCCGCGUACGCGCGCUCCCGCACGCGCAAGGCGCUCCCGCUCGUCGUGGCGUGCCUGAACGAGCAUGCGGGGACGUAUAUUGUGGUUGGUGUGACGGGGGCGCCGGAUUUCGACGACGUGCGCAAGAACGAGUUUGGUCUGGCGUUUUUGGACGCGAAGGAGCGGUGUAACGCGCGGACGAGGCACGGCACGUUCGACACGAGCGUGCUCGAGAUCAACAAGGAGGACCUGAAGGUCUUCCUUGAGACUUUGUGCGAGGGCGGGGAGCGGUUCUGAUCCCCC